CGCGGAGCAGGAGAGCGGCCACACCAUGCGAGCACAAAUUGAAGUGAUACCAUGCAAAAUUUGUGGCGAUAAGUCCUCCGGGAUCCACUACGGAGUCAUCACGUGUGAAGGCUGCAAGGGAUUCUUUAGGAGGAGCCAGCAGAACAAUGCCUCUUACUCCUGCCCAAGGCAGAGAAACUGUUUAAUUGACAGAACCAACCGAAACCGUUGCCAACACUGCCGACUGCAGAAGUGUCUUGCCCUAGGAAUGUCAAGAGAUGCUGUGAAGUUCGGGAGGAUGUCCAAGAAGCAAAGGGACAGCCUGUACGCGGAGGUACAGAAGCACCAGCAGCGGCUGCAGGAGCAGCGGCAGCAGCAGAGCGGCGAGGCGGAAGCCCUGGCGAGGGUGUACAGCAGCAGCCUGAGCAACCUCAACAGCGAGGCCGGCGGCACUUACGCCAACGGACACGUCAUCGACCUGCCCAAGUCCGAGGGUUACUACAACGUGGAUUCCGGCCAGCCAUCCCCUGAUCAGUCAGGACUUGACAUGACUGGAAUCAAACAGAUAAAACAAGAACCCAUCUAUGACCUCACCUCCGUACCCAACUUGUUUACCUAUAGCUCUUUCAACAACGGGCAGUUAGCACCAGGGAUAACAAUGACUGAAAUUGAUCGAAUUGCACAGAACAUCAUUAAGUCCCAUUUGGAGACAUGUCAAUACACCAUGGAGGAGCUACACCAACUGGCAUGGCAGACCCACACCUACGAAGAAAUUAAAGCGUAUCAAAGCAAGUCCAGGGAAGCACUAUGGCAGCAGUGUGCCAUCCAGAUCACUCACGCCAUCCAAUACGUGGUCGAGUUUGCAAAGCGGAUAACGGGCUUCAUGGAACUCUGUCAAAAUGAUCAGAUUCUACUUCUGAAGUCAGGUUGCUUGGAAGUAGUGUUAGUGAGAAUGUGCCGUGCCUUCAACCCACUAAACAACACUGUUCUGUUUGAAGGAAAAUAUGGAGGAAUGCAAAUGUUCAAAGCCUUAGGUUCUGAUGACCUAGUGAAUGAAGCAUUUGACUUUGCAAAGAAUUUAUGUUCCUUGCAGCUGACUGAGGAGGAGAUCGCUUUGUUCUCAUCUGCUGUUCUGAUAUCUCCAGACCGAGCCUGGCUGAUAGAACCAAGGAAGGUCCAGAAGCUUCAGGAAAAGAUUUAUUUUGCACUUCAACAUGUCAUUCAGAAGAAUCACCUGGAUGAUGAGACCUUGGCAAAGUUAAUAGCCAAGAUACCAACCAUCACGGCCGUUUGCAACUUGCACGGGGAGAAGCUGCAGGUAUUUAAGCAGUCGCAUCCAGACAUAGUGAAUACACUCUUUCCUCCGUUAUACAAGGAGCUCUUUAAUCCUGACUGUGCCACCGUCUGCAAAUGA